CCUUGGGGCUCAAUGGAAUUCUUUAGGAAAAAUAUUUGAGAAUUUGUGAAGACCAGUUUGUCCUGCUGCAGAUGUAUUUACAGCUCUCAAGUUAAAACCUGCACAUUGUAAUGCCCCCUACCGAGCUAUGUCUAUAUUCAUACAAAAAUGUGACCCUUUCAGCAUCAGUAUUUCAGCUAAAACAUACCACCCAACCAAUACAAGGAUGGGGAUGCACCUCUUUGGCCUACAGUGUGACACAGCUCCAUUCCUCUCAUUGGCCCCGGGUUAAUCCUAGUGGUCAGUAUCUGCAUAAGUUCAUGUAAAGAAAAAAGACAAACUGGUUUAUCUGGAGAAAACCUGGUGUAUCUAGAUCUAAAAUGUAUUCAGCGUGUUACUGAGAGGCGGUGAUAAUGUGAGGGGCAACUCUAUAUAAGCCAAGGGUUGGAUCCUUCAUAGUCAAUGGCAUCCUACAUGACCUGAGUGCUAGGAUUAGGCAAUAGAAGAUCAUCUUCUGGCCAACCGAGGACCAGCCAAGGAGUCCUCCAUAUAGACUUGUACAGGACAUCCAGCCCUUCCCAACCUGCAACCAUGUCUUCCCAGGAACCACCUGAUGUAUAUACCAUCCCGAUGAGUGAAAAACCUGAAAAACAAAAAACCAAGGAUAAAAUAUUGACUAGUAUUAAAGGAAAGAAGGGCGAGAAGAAAGUAGAAAACCUGAAAAAGGAGCUGGAGAUUACCGACCACAAGUUGACUAUCGAUGAACUGGAAAAUAAAUAUUCAGUAGAUAUCAAACAGGGAUUGAGCGUUGCAACUGCCCAGGAACUUCUCACCCGUGAUGGUCCCAACAAGCUUAGUCCUCCAAAAGGAACUCCUGAAAUUGUCAAGUUUUUGAUGCUCAUGGCUGGAGGAUUCUCCAUUGUGUUCUGGAUUGCAUCAGCAUUGUGCUUUCUUGCAUACGGCCUUCAAGUUGCACAGGACCCUACUGUCUCUAAAGACAAUCUCUGGUUGGCCAUCAUCCUUAUCGCAGUGGUGGUCAUGACGGCUAUCUUUGCAUAUUACCAAGAAGCUAAAAGUACCAACAUUAUGGCUGGCUUCAAGAACAUGGUGCCCCAGCAAGCUGUGGUUCUUCGUGAUGGGAAACGUCUUGAGAUGAUAGCAGAGAAUCUUGUCCUAGGGGACAUUGUCUUUAUUAAAGGAGGUGAUAAAAUCCCAGCUGAUUUACGUCUCCUUGAGAGCCAUGGUUGCAAGGUUGACAAUUCAUCCCUCACUGGGGAAUCAGAGGCACAACCUCGUGGUGUGGAUUUCACUGAUGAUAACCCUUUGGAGACCAAGAACUUGGCCUUCUUCUCUACAACCUGUUUGGAAGGGGCAGCAUGUGGUAUAGUUAUUAACACAGGUGACCGUACAGUCAUUGGUCGUAUUGCAUCACUGGCCUCACAAGUCGGAAACCAGAAAACCCCAAUUGCCUUGGAAAUCGAGCACUUUGUGCACAUCAUCAGUGGGCUUGCAGUGGGCGUUGGCAUAAUUUUCUUUAUUAUCUCCGUCUCUAUGGGAUAUAGUCCUCUCAAUGCUGUAAUAUUUUGCAUUGGCAUCAUUGUAGCCUAUGUGCCUGAGGGACUACUGGCAACAGUAACGGUUUGUCUCUCUCUUACUGCAAAGCGUAUGGCAAAGAAGAAUUGCCUGGUGAAGAAUUUGGAAGCUGUUGAGACUCUUGGGUCCACCUCAGUCAUCUGCUCCGACAAGACUGGAACUCUGACCCAGAACCGUAUGACUGUGGCUCAUAUGUGGUUUGAUAAUGUCAUCCAUAAUACAGAUACCAGCGAAGAUCAGACGGGUGAAAUGUUUGACCAGAGUUCCCUGACCUGGCAGGCACUAGGUAGAAUUGCCACUCUAUGUAACCGGGCAGAAUUCUGUGGUGAUCAAGAAGACGUGCCGAUCAGUAAGAGAACAAUCAACGGAGAUGCCUCCGAAGCAGCUUUAUUGAAAUUUACAGAGAAUGUUUUAGGAAAAGUCAUGGAAAUUAGAAAAAGGAAUGAAAAAGUAUUGGAAAUCCCCUUUAAUUCCAGCAACAAGUAUCAGGUCUCCAUUCAUAUUCCAGAGGAUCCAACUGAGAAAGGUUAUUUGCUGGUAAUGAAAGGGGCCCCGGAACGCAUCUUGGAUAGAUGUAGUACCAUCAUGAUAGGGGGACAGGAAUUGCCACUGGAUGAAGAAAUGAAAGAGAACUUCCAAAAAGCUUACAUGUCUCUGGGAAGUAUGGGAGAGAGAGUUCUCGGAUUCUGUCAACAGCUGCUUCCUUCUUCUACAUAUGGACCCAGUUACCCUUUUGAUGCAGAAAAAGGAAAUUUCCCACUAGAUAAAUUAUGCUUUGUUGGCCUCAUCUCCAUGAUUGACCCUCCACGUUCCAGUGUUCCUGAUGCAGUCAUGAAGUGUCGUAGUUCAGGCAUUAAGGUUAUUAUGGUCACUGGGGACCAUCCAAUCACAGCCAAAGCCAUUGCAAGAAGUGUCGGCAUUAUCUCAAGUGCUAGUGAGACAGUAGAAGAUAUUGCCAGGAGACUAGGAAUCCCUGUUGAAAGAGUUAAUCCCAGAGAUGCCUGCGCCAUUGUAGUGAAUGGAGGAGAAAUCGUUGACAUGAGCUCUGAUGAACUGGAGGAUAUCUUAAGCCAUCACACAGAAAUUGUGUUUGCCCGGACCUCACCCCAACAAAAACUUCUCAUUGUUGAAGGUUGUCAGAGACUGGGUGCCAUUGUGGCCGUGACUGGAGAUGGUGUGAAUGACUCGCCUGCGCUGAAAAAAGCCGAUAUUGGUAUUGCGAUGGGCAUUGCCGGCUCUGAUGCUGCCAAACAUGCUGCUGAUAUGAUUCUUCUAGAUGAUAACUUUGCUUCUAUUGUGACCGGUGUCGAAGAAGGACGCUUGAUAUUUGACAACUUGAAGAAGUCCAUUUCAUACACAGUGACCAAGAACAUUCCAGAGAUGAUUCCUUUCAUGGUCUAUGUGAUCAUCAGCUGCCCUUUGCCUAUAGGAACUAUCACCAUCCUCUUCAUAGAGCUGGGAACUGACAUUAUUCCUUCCAUUGCUUUAGCGUAUGAGAAAGCAGAAAAUGAUAUAAUGACCAGAAAGCCACGUAACCCAUACAAAGACCGUCUGGUGAACAUGCAGCUGCUGUCAUACUCCUACUUUCACAUAGCUGCAAUGGAAUCCUUUUCUGGGUUUGUAAACUAUUUUACUGUCUUGGCUGAACAAGGAUUCCUUCCAGAUAGAACACUUGGACUCCGAGUCAACUGGGAGGACAAGACCAUAAAUGAGCUGGAGGACAGUUAUGGGCAGGAAUGGACCUAUUACCAGCGUCUCCAGCAGGAAUGGUACUGCUACGCAGCCUUCUUCGUCAGUAUUGUAGUAUGCCAGAUGAUGAACACAGUUAUCAGAAAAAAAAGAAGGAACACCUUAUUCACCAGAUAUUUCUUCAGGAAUAAAAUCAUAUUCAUGGGCUUACUCUCCCAAAUAGCCAUUGGAGUAAUCCUCUGCUAUGUCCCUGGCUUGAACGAUGGCUUGCACUUUAUGCCUCUACGAAUUCAAUACUGGUUUGUAGGAAUUGAGUACGCGUUUCUCAUUCUAGUUUAUGAUGAAAUCCGAAAGUUUCUCAUAAGAAAAUAUCCAGGCAGUUGGGUGGAUAAGGAGCUUAAUUACUAA